AUGACCGUGGUGUUGGACAGGCAACGUAAAAAAGAUUUGAGAACAUUUGAACGGCACAUUGCUCAACUUUAUUCGGAUAAAUUACGGAUUCAACGAUUAUGGAGAUUUAUUUACAAUUUGGUGUUAAUAGUGACCAUCAUUUGUUUUUUUCUAUUUUACUAUUAUUCCUAUCAUUAUCAUACCAAACCUUCCAUACCUCUCUCACGAAAUUCUCCUCCACCUGGAAAGCAUCAUCACAUCAUUCAUUCUAAAGAUCACGAACAGAAUGACAACAUUUCUUCUCAAAAUAUUCAAUUAGUCGGAACCAAGGGUGCAGAUUUUAAUCCUCCUCAACAUGUUGCAAAUAAUGUUGAACAUUCGAACCAUGCAAAUGAACACUCAAAUUAUGUAAAAUUUCAUCCUUACAAGAGUGACACAAGUGAUGCAGAAACAGAUCCUGCAGCUCUGGAACAGCAACGAAAGAAUAAUAUUGUGUCGGCAGUUGGAUUCUUUUUAGUGGUUUUCUUUUUAAUGGUACACUUUUUCACACAACAAACGCGCCACCUUGCCAAUGAUUAUGUCUAUGGAUUGAACAUGUCACUUUACCUUUUCCAUAUUCAAUUUAAUCCAAAUACGCUGAAAUUGAUCAAAAUAUCACCGACACAUGCUGCACAUUCCGCUGCUACCUCAAAGACUGCCACCUCAACUCAAGACACAACCGAUCAGUUGCAUCAAGAGACCACCACGACUACUACUGGUAGUGUGACUAUGACUACAACAUCCACUGCUGCCACUGACCACAUACCUCAGGAUGGAGAAGAUACCACCGAAGAAAGACCUUCUUCAUCCAUGAAGACAUUAAGUUUUUACUCUCAGGGAGGAGCUGACCAGAAUGAUGAUCUGAAUGAUAUCGAUGUGAAGCGAUUGAAUGCAUUCAUUGAUGAAAAUAGAAGAUUAAGUGUAGGAGUAUUUCCAUCUGGGAAGAUGAUUCUUCCACCACAUUUACAGCGACCUGAGAACUUGGAACGAGAAAUUGAAAUACAAGAGAGUUUAGAACGAAAACAAGAACAAGACUUGAGUCUUGCAGUGAAGGAGUUGGAAGAAAGAGCUUCAGAGAGUGGCUAUGGAAUACCAUUGAAGCCUCAAAAUGAAGUGAUGACUGUGGAGGGAAAGCCAUUACAGCAUUCUCAACGUUUGCAUCAUUUGUAUUUUCAUAGAGAACGAGACGACGAUGAAGAGGAGAGCAUGCAAGACAAAAAGAACAAAUGA